UGAAGAAGACUCUAUUUGCUGUAAAGAUGAAGACUCUACUUCUUCUGGUGCUGAUCUCUGCCUGUGGGGCUGAACCUCACCCUGGCAACUCAAGUCUGGAGCAUGAAAGAAUUAUUCACAUUCAAGAAAAUGGGCCCCGUCUCCUCGUGGUAGCAGAACAAGCCAAAAUCUUCUCCCACCGCAGCGGCAACGUGACACUGCCAUGCAAAUUCUACCACGAGCACACCUCCACCGCCGGCUCAGGAACCCACAAAAUCCGCGUCAAGUGGACCAAACUCACCUACGAUUACCUCAAGGAAGUGGACGUGUUCGUGGCCAUGGGGCACCACAGGAAGAGCUACGGGAGCUACCAGGGCAGGGUGUCCCUGCGGGAGAGCAGCGAGAACGAUGCCUCGCUCGUCAUCACCAACAUCAGGCUGGAGGACUACGGCCGCUACAAGUGCGAGGUGAUCGAGGGGCUGGAGGACGACACGGCAGUGGUGACCCUCAAUUUGGAAGGUGUGGUGUUCCCCUACUCCCCGCGGCUGGGGCGGUACAACCUGAACUUCCACGAGGCGCAGCGGGCGUGCGCGGAGCAGGACUCGGUGAUGGCCUCCUUUGACCAGCUCUACGACGCCUGGAGGUCGGGGCUGGACUGGUGCAACGCCGGCUGGCUCAGCGACGGCUCCGUGCAGUACCCCAUCACCAAGCCCCGGGAGCCCUGUGGGGGCAGGAACACCGUGCCUGGAGUCAGGAAUUACGGCUUCUGGGACAAGGACAAGAGCCACUACGACGUCUUCUGCUUCACGUCCAACUUCAACGGUCGCUUCUACUACCUGAUCCACCCCACCAAGCUGACCUACGACGAGGCCGUGCAGGCGUGCCUGAAGGAUGGUUCCCAGAUCGCCAAGGUGGGGCAGAUCUUCGCGGCCUGGAAGCUGCUGGGCUACGACCGCUGCGACGCGGGCUGGCUGGCGGACGGCAGCGUGCGCUACCCCAUCUCGCGGCCGCGGAAGCGCUGCAGCCCCAGCGAGGCCGCCGUGCGCUUCGUCGGCUUCCCCGACAAGAAGCACAAGCUGUACGGUGUCUAUUGCUUCAGGGCCUACAACUGAGAGGGUAUACCUAGAGCGUGAAAGUUGUUGGUGGUUUUUGUUGCUUUUUUUUUUUUUUUUAAACGUGUGAAAGAUGUCUUUUUUUUUUUAUUUUUGGGUAUGAACUCAUGCAAGCUACCAAAACUGUGAUAAACCUCUUUUACAUACUGUAAAGAGUCAUUUUCGUAGACACUCCCUCCCCCAAACCCAUUGGUUUGUUUUUGGUUUUGUUUUGUUUUAGUGUUUUGUUUUUUGAUUUUUUUUUUUUUUUGUGAGAAUAUCAUUCCAUAGAUAUUUUAAAUUAAUAUAAUUUAAUGGGAGCUCUAGGUAAGGAACUUUUAGAUUCAAAUUCUUUAAGCUAUAUCAUCCCAAAAAAUUUAUAAUUUUCAUGAAUGGGGCAUGCAAUAGAGCUUGACAAUUGCUAGGGCACAAUUAUGGAGUGUAAGGCUACUCAAAGCAGAAGCUUUUAAAAGCACAGAUUUUACAUAUUUGUACCAGUUUGAGAAACACUGCAAAUUGAUUAUGACAGGAAUUUUAAAAUAAAACUAUCUUUUUGUUAAAGGGGAUCAGUGAGGUUUCGCAAAGAAAUCUCACAACAAUAUAUGUUAGCAAAUAACUCUUUUCACUGGUUCACAUGGGAACAACGGAGAGUUUAAUAAAAGCAGCUAAAACGGUCCACAAAAAUAGGACUAGUUUUACAGUUUCAAACCUUGCCUUUCUGAAAAAUAAGCUCAUGGUCCCAUGCAUAGGAAGAAGCACAAUUAAUUCUCCUGGACAUUUCAAUUGUGUUUUUGUCGUGUAUAAAUCAUUGAGUGAAUAACUAACUAAUGAGAAAACUCUUCUUUUCUUCUUCUCUCCAAUUAAAGAUGCCUGAGAAGUGUUGUAUUACCUUUGAGUAGCUUUACUGAGCUAUUUUUAAACUCUUAAAGGCCAUUUGCUAAGCAGCAUAAUAGCAUCUACUCAGGGCAGUUGUAUAAAUGAACUGCUGGACAGAGAAAUUGUAAACUUUAGCAGCUUGAUUUUACAUUAGCCUUUGAAAUGUUAUUGUCUUAAUUAAAGAACAUUACAAUAUUUAAUAUUUCUUAGCUAUUUACACAUCACAAGAAACAAAAAUUAGAAAAAAAAUAUUUUAAAUGGUGAAGUCUUGAACAAAGACUAUGAGACAAAAUCUGAAACCAGCCAUUAAGUUUUAGAAGAGAAAAAGAAAAAAAAAACCAUUUCCUUAUGUCUUAUUUGUAUCUAAAAAGUACAUCUGUUUUUUAAACUAUCAAUGAAAUAAUAUAGUAUCAUUAGCCCUGAAUUAUGUAGUUAGUCCUCCUUAGAGUUAAGAGAAAAUAAAGCUAUUGAAAUACUUUUCACUAAAUCUGCAGUGGUCUAGGUGGAAGAUGUUUACCUAAAUCUGCCAGUGUCAGAGAAAAACACGCACUGUGCAUGGUGCCUAGGAUUUUCAGAGCUGCCUAAAGCACUAGGUCCUCCCUAAGUACCAGAUUGAGGGAAUUUGGGAUUUCUAAUGCAAACUCACUUUGGAUGCAGCAAUUCUUGGUGCUCAUCUUCAGCUACCUUAAUGCAACCAGUUUUUCAGAGAGCAGGUGCUCAAGGCUUUCUGAAAAUUUGCUCCACUUAUGGUGUCUCAAGCUGGAUAUCAAAAAAAAAAAAAAAAAUAUACGCAGAGAGGCCACUGAUUAAAAGUGUCUUGGUCUCGGGUAAUCUCUUCAGCGGUUUUUGAUGUUCUAUAUCCAGUAUUGGUUCUACCACUUAAAAAUGGAGAACUCUUUUUCCUACUCUACGCUCGCUGACUACGAAGAACUCAGAGGACCAACAUUUGUAUUUACUCAAAGUUUUAUAGCUGCCCACUGUUUCCAUAAUUUAAACGAGGUAUAGUGAUAUUAAUCCAACUAGGACACAACCUGUAUGCUUUCAUGGAUGGUUUGCUGUAGCUAUUUUCCCGUGAACAGUAAAUAAAUCUCUUUCCCAGAGUGGUUGUGGUCCUGUUUUAAGACUCUGUGAGCAAACCAGGGACAAGAUAUGGCAAGGAGCUGCAGCGUAAGAUAUAUUUAUUGGAGUUCAUUCCCACUGAACUCAGAAGCAAAUUUCCGUCCUUCUGGGGAUAUUUGCAUCCUCUGUGGAUAUCUGUUCGUACUUUACAGAUGGAGCAAUCUCAGUGCCAAACCCCACCUGCCUCUUUUUAUUCUGUUAGGAAUUGGAUUUUCUCAAAAUGGUAUCCCUUAGCUAUAAAUAGAGACUUACUUUAGGUCAAGUCCCUAAAACCAUGAAACUUUUCUUGAACAGCCAUUUUUAAAUCAGUGCCCAUUUCACACAUUUUCUCAGACCAUUCAGAGCCUUCUCUGAAACCUUUGCAGAAAAGAAAUGGAAAUGUUAAUAGAAAUGUAAAAUACCCAACCAGAAAGGCAUUGACCAUGAUCAACAGGAAUAUAUGUCAUUCCUCCAUCCAACCUUCAGAAAAUUUGAAAAGCCUGCAGUUUUUUUUCUGAAGUUUGGACAGAGAGGUUGUGGGGUGGGAGAAGCUGUAGAGAAUAUCCAAGUAUUACCACAGCUAGAUCCAGAGUUGCUGUAAAGAGGGGAGCCUUACGUAGCUGGCUCUAUCCUCCCCAAAGAUCUGCUACAUCUGGAUGAGGCUGCAUGGUUUUCUUAUUGCACAGAGGUGAAGAGACCCUCAUGAAAUUUUCUUUUUUUUGUACCUCUCCAAAGAAACCCCUUACAGGGUUUCACCCAGACACAUUUUUUUUUUUCUUUAAUUUUUUUUUUUGCAGGAAUGGGGAUUAUAUUUUGCCUGCAUUAAAAAAAAAAAAAAGUGUACACAUCCAACCCACUCGUGGGGCUGGCUGAAGUGCCCUCACUGCUAGACCAAAGGCACUGCGGGAAAGGCCAAGCUCAGCCUUUCACCAACUUUGCAACGCUCUGGAGAUGGCUGGUCAGGUCCUAAAUCACAGCAAUCUCAGGCUUGCUCUUGUUUUUCUGCCUUUUUGUGUCCACAUCUUCCCCGGGCCAGCCACGGUCCGGGCGUAGCAUCCCCUGACCCUCCCCUGCUUCCAGCAUCCCCCAAAUCCCAGCACAACCCCAGGAUGGUGGCUGAGCAGGCUCUGCACCACCCACCCAGGGGGCUCCCCCUGUUUUGGCAGCAUGAGGAGGGUGACUUGGGGGUCAGGGUGUCCAGAGGGACACCGAGUUGAUGGCUGUGACCACAGAUGGCCGAAUUUUACUGCUGGGUUUUGUUGCCCGUGAGUUCGCGCGGGAGACGUCGCGCGCUCGGUGUCAAAAUUUCACGUGUGGAGUCACAGGGUGUGGGCUCACACCCGCCGUGUUGCCCACCAGGAGCUCGGUAGUCUAAUUUGGGAUCAGGCUAGAUUUAGGUCUGUGUACCCAUAUACAACGUUACAUCCUUUUAUAAAAGCUGUUCUGCUCGUCUGGUGAAAACGCGUUUGUGUGGAAGAGAAAAAAAUAAGUGUGUAAAAAAAUAAAUAGUUCUAAUGUAAGCACGUAUAAAAACCAUAUGAAAUGUGUAUGAUUACCUGAGAAGUGGGCACAAAUAAAAAAAAAAGAAGACACGAAUUGUAUUUAUUUUUACAGCUAAUGACUCCAUUUCCUUUUGUAAUGUCAAAUGUCAGGCUGUUUUCUUAUUUUCAACUCAGCUAGCUAGGUGCUUGAAUAAAAACUUUGAAAAGCAGCUUAAUAACUGGAUUAAAGCCUGUGCUAUUUUAUGUUCAUGAGAGAAUACUGUUAGCAUCGUGUUCUCUAUCAUUAUCUUCUAUUUCACAAUGUAUCAGAAUUUUAAUGCCCAUGAAUUAACAACAAUUAAAUCACAUUGUUCUUUCGAA